CAAACAACACCAAAUAGAUCUUGCAGAAGAGGCCAAUAAGAACAAGAACCCAGAAAACCCAAAGAUAAAAUCUCAUACAAUCUUGUUACUCUACUCCACUCACUAACAUUGUCAGUUUAUCAAUUAGUAUAUCAUCUUUCUCAUCUCAAUCUUAGCCACCUGUGUGGAAUCCAUGGCCGCCCACACAAUCUUCACCACCACCACCGGCACUGCCAAUUCUUUGUUAUUACCAAUUACUGCCCCUAACACCAACUCCUCCCCUUCACUCCACUCUUCUUUCCACGGUGUUUCCCUCAAUCUCAAGUCAAAGACUCCCCAAUCUUUGACAUUUUCUGCUGCCACUGCUCCUAAACGUCUCACUGUUUUUGCUGCUACUAAGAAAGCUGUUGCUGUUCUUAAGGGCAAUUCCAAUGUUGAGGGCGUUGUCACUCUAUCCCAAGAUGAUGAUGGUCCAACCACUGUGAAAGUUCGCAUAACUGGACUUACACCUGGACUUCAUGGAUUUCAUUUACACGAGUUCGGUGACACUACAAACGGGUGUAUGUCUACAGGACCCCAUUUCAAUCCUGAUGGCAAGACACAUGGAGCUCCUGAAGAUGAAAUCCGUCAUGCGGGUGACCUGGGAAACAUAGUGGCCAAUGCCAAUGGUGUGGCUGAAGCAACAUUUGUAGAUAAUCAGAUACCUUUGACUGGUCCAAACUCAGUUGUUGGAAGAGCACUUGUCGUUCAUGAGCUUGAGGAUGACCUUGGAAAGGGUGGACAUGAACUCAGCCUUACCACUGGGAAUGCUGGUGGACGAUUGGCAUGUGGCAUACUUGGUUUGACUCCAAUAUGAAGUUAAGGUAACAACUCUUUGGUAGGAACUAUAAUUGAGUGUUAUAUCCUCCCCAGUUUGCCAAAUGAGGCGCAACACUUUUUUCUUCAAUAAUACACUGGAAUUAAGUCGCUAUUUUAGCAUCCCUUGAGUUUUGGCUAUCAAAAAUAAUUCUUGGAUUAUAUAUAGCCCCAUUCAUGAUUUUCUUUA